CAAUGUAAUAAGUUCCCUAAGCUCGACAGUAGAUGUGCCUUUGCGCAUGCGUGAAGCCAGGCCCGUUCCUCCUGUCCAGAAGGGGGCGCUGCUUGUCGGUGUUGUUGGUUGUGUCCACCCUGCUACAUGUGACAUUGACAUCAACCGGAGGCACAAUGAGGCUGACGGCACUCCUGUCGAUGGCAGCCAAGGUGGUUGCGCCCAGAGAUUUGCGCUACGGUACCAAUAGGCCGUGGACCUUAGCUGCCCAGAAGCUGAAUCCUCCUGGGAAGAAGAGGAGAAAGGUGUUUGUGGAGCCGCUGACUGCAGAGGACUGGUGCAUAGUCAAGGGGGACAUGGUCGAGAUUCUUGCGGGGAAGGACAAAGGAAAGCAGGGAAAAGUGACCCAAGUCUUCAGACGCAGAAACUGGGUUAUUCUGGAGGGACUGAACACACAUUACAGGUACAUUGGAAAAUCUGGGGAUUACCGUGGGACCUACAUUGCCAGUGAGGCUCCACUUCUGCUCCGUGAUGUCGCCCUUAUUGACCCAUCAGACAGGAAGCCCACUGAGAUAGAGUGGAAGUACACAGAAGAGGGUGAGAAAGUCAGAGUGUCCCUCAGGACGGGUCGAAUCAUCCCAAAGCCUAUUUUUGAGCGCCGAGAUGGCAUCGUGCCACAACAGUGGAAAGAUGGGCCUAAAGAUACCAGCACUGAAGACGCUCUAGAAAAGACCUAUGUACCAUCUCUGAAAACCCUGGAGGAGGAGGUCAUGGAGAAAAUGGGUAUCCAAGAAACCAGGAGGCACCGGAAGUCCUACUGGUACUGACCAAACAAACCAGAGACACUCCUUACUGUGCUGUCCAGUUUUCUUAUGAACCUACGUUGUUCUGAUGGGAGUGAAGCUGAAUGUCAAAUCAAACAAUAAUUGUUUGAGGAAGCCGAGAAAAAGACGCACGAACUUUAAACUACUAUUGCAACGUACACAUUAUUACUUAGAUGUUCUCUGAAUUGUUCUCUGUUUACAAAUGUAUCAGAGUUUCUUUAUAAUGUUGUGAAUAAAUGUCAAACAGAA